AUGAACAAUAAUGAUAAAGACCCACAUGGGAUGCCACCACCGAGCGGAAGUCGUUCGAGAAGUGGAAGUGAAUUGACUGCCUCAACGUCAAAUGUAGAAGAGACGACAUCGCUACGUGCUAGACUGUCUAGACAUCCAUCUACCAAUUCCAUCAGUGAAAAGACAAAAAUGAAGCUAAAACUGCAAUUAUCACAGGCAGGUGGGUACCAGAUGACCACCCCUCUUCUUUUAUCACCACGAGGUACGCCAAAUCAAUCUCCCGAAUAUAAUAAAGAUGGAUUUUUUAAUAAUUUUGAAACACAGCUACAUACAAAUAAAUCACAUUUGGACACAUUAUUAGAUGAAGGGAAUGAGCCUCAGGAUAGUAAUGUUACACCAGAACCCCCUAUACCAAUAAUACAUACGGAGAAUGAUUCUCAUCCAGUUUUGAAAAACAACAGCAACAAUAGUAACAACAUCAGUAACAACAAUAGUAACAACAACAACAACAACAACAACAAUGCUAGUAGUAGCAUAAAACAAUCUAAAACUAAACCAAACUUAUAUCCGUUGCAAACAAAGAUCAGAAUGCCGUCCUCAUCGUCGUCUAAUCCUCAAUCAGGCACACCUAGUUCUGUAUCAGCAUCACAGACCCCCAGGUCUCCUUUAAAUAAGUACAAAUCGAGAAAUAUAGCAUAUCAAGCAUUGCCAGAACCGGUCAGACCACAGACAUCCAUUUUAAAGAGUAAUUUUAAUACAAAAUUCUCACAGCAGUAUCAGCAACAGGAAAAGAAAUAUUUGACGGGAAUAACCAAGUAUAGAAAUAGAUAUAAGAAUGUUGAUGAUUAUUAUGAUAAGUCUGUAGUACCCGACGAUGUGACUGAAAGUGCCGGUAGUACAUCUGAGCUUUCGGAUAUAUCCAAGUUCACUAGCGUUGAUUCCGAGAUUGAAGAUAACUCGGACUAUUUAGGGGAUAAAAAUAGAGAAUAUGAAGCAUUAAAGGCAUUAGGUCAACAAAUCGGUUCCGAGUUAUUAGACAAAGAAUUGAAAUCAUUAUCCGAGUAUUCUUUGGAUUCAAACUUAUUAUUGGAUUUGUUAAACCAAAAUGACGAGAUUCAAUUGAAAAACACAAAUGAUAACCAAACAAUAUCAGAACGCUUAGAGUGGCAGACGAUGCUACAAACAGUAAUGACAGGUGAUGUUGUUAAAGGUGAGAAAACAAAGCUCAUCAAACCCUUGACUGAAUUGGAAGGUGGGGAAAAUUUAUUGCGGGUGGGUUAUAAAGAAGAUUUUUGGUUAGGUUUGCGGGCUAAAUUGUAUGGGCGUACAGAGGAGGAACAGAAGAAGUUAGUUUUAUAUCAUAGAGGCUUAGUUGAUGAAAAGUUUGAUGAAAUUUUGAAUUUCAAGUUAGAAUUCACUCCCGAGCAGCUAGAUAUGUCCUAUAAAGAUAAAGUUAAGUUUGCAUCUGUCAAAGUAAAUCAUUUACUAGAUAUUUAUGAAAAAUGCAAAGAACUAUGGAGAACUGAAAAAGAGAUGGAGACGGAUAAACCUCAGUGUGCAACACCUGAAUUUAUUAAUCGGAUUAACUGCUUGAAUGCUUGGACUUCAGUGACUGAUGCCAUUGAACGGGAGUCUGAUGUUUUGAAGAAAUGGGUUGGGAAUGACGAUUUAGACAUUUUAAGGCCUUCAUUAUCAAGUGCAAAUACACAUGAUUCAACUACUGAAGGUAGCGGUGAAAGAAACUCUCAACGUGGCCAUAUUUUCAAAGAUGACCGUCCAUUUGUUGAAAGGAUAAUGAAGGAGAAAGAUAUUGAGAAUCUGUUUAAUAAAAAAUUGUUUAACACUUUUUCACACCUAACCAUCAAGGCUAAAAAUGCGUAUCUAGAAUACCAUCAAAUUUUCAAAGAACUAGGAUUACCUUCUUACCUUGAUAAUCUAUUUGUCCUAACAAACUUUAGCUCUAAAUUAAUGAAAGAGAUCAUCAGGACUAGGUUGGCUUAUGCCGAAAAACUGAAAAAUCCUACUAUGAUGAUGAUUGAUCAGAUUUUAGAGGAUCUUAAAAUGUAUUUAAGACUAGCAAUUGAAAUUAAAAUUUCAAUGUUAGAGUAUUGUGCUCCUGUGGAAGGUUGGGUUUCUUUUCCAGAUUAUCAAGACACCGAGUUUGACAACACAAUAAUCGAAUGUGUUACUCAUUACAUGGAUUUACUCAAUCGGAAAUUACUUUUCUCACCGAAAGGCCAUAAGUCUUUCCGUACAUUCAAGGAACCCGAAGAGCUUGAAAGUGAAUGGACCUUGUUGAGAAAUUUGGGAUUUUAUAUCAAUGGAAUUUCAGUGGAUUUUUCAAGUCAGAUUUCGUCAUUGUUUGUGAAAUUGAUUACAAGACUAUAUACUUUUGUUCAGAAUCAAAUUCAGGGACCACCGUCAGAUGGAUACAGACUAGAUAGUCAACGACUAAUUCGUUGGUACACAUCAACACUUGAGAAUUUGGGUCAAUUACGGAGGAAAUUUAUUAGAUUUGAGGUGCAUUUAUUUCAAUAUUUCCAGAAUUCCGUUAGCUUCAAAUUGAUUCCUCAUAAGGCACAACGUUUUUUCACUUUACUAAAAGAAUCAAAUCACGCGUUAUAUCAAAAUCAGAAAAUAGCAGAAGAUGGUGUUUACAUUUUUGUAUCUGAAUCACUAGUUUACAGACCUUAUGAUGUUGAAUGCAUUUUAAGGAAUAAAUACUUAGGUGUCAAUUUCAACGAGAUUCCAAAACGGCACAUUGAAGUUAUUGAGAAGUACCAUCCAACUAUACAGUUCUAUGUAUCUCGUGAAGAUGAUGAGAAUGAAACUACUGCGGGUCAUGAAAAUGGCCACGAUGAUAAGCAAUCAUUGAAUAUGGAUUACGUUAUAGUUGUUGUACCCCCAAAGGCGUUGAUGUGGGACGGUAUCAUCGUACCAUUUAAUGAUAUUGACUCACUACUAAUCAAUGAGUUGAGACGUGGUAACGCGAUGUUUAUGACUGCCGGAUCUCCCAAUGAUAAUGUAUCGGAGAUUUUUUCUGUUUUCAAACAGUUUGUUGGGGAUACAAUAGGCACUAGUACGAAUAUAUGCUGCUCAGUUCCCAAAAUUGAAAGUAAUAUUCAGGCAUCGUUGAAGGUAUUUAACAGGAUUACAUGCCUAACUAUUGAUUGUACACCGACAAUUAGAAACCAAUGUCGUGGUGUUGGAAAUUGUCAAGAAUUAGUAAAUAAUAUAUUCAUAUUUGCACGGGAUAUAGGUAGAGACUCGAUUAGGAAUUCUGGAUAUAAUUUUAAUUUGAGAUCAGGGAGGGGACCGAUUAUUUUAAGGUUGAUCAAACUAGCGAUAGAAUGGUUAUCGUUUAUAGUUGACGACUGUUCGCCAACAGAUCCAAAAACUUUCCGUUGGUGUGUAUCAGCGCUUGAAUUUGCCAUGGAUAUAACUAGAGGUUUUAAUAUCUUGAUUCUUGAUUCUGAGAAAUUCUAUAGAUUGAAAGAUAAAGUUGCUGGAUGUAUGUCAUUAUUAAUCUCACAUUUUGAUAUCAUGGGAGCUAGAGCAAAAGAACUGCAACGUACAAGAAUGCAGAAAUAUGGAUUUGAAACCCAAAAAGAUAUAUAUACACUCGAUGAUGAAUCACUAGGUUCACUACGUGCACAUAUUAUGUACCAAAUUAAACAAAUUGAGGAGAAUAGAAGAAAGUUACAGGUUGAGCAACGUAGUGUUGGUCGUGUCCUUGAUGACACAGAUAUGGAGAACCAGUUGUUAACAUACCUUGCGUCAUCCUUUUCUAGUGUUUCCAUUAGAUGGCAGAAAGGCAAAUUUUUGGGUGGUGGUACAUUUGGUUCAGUUUAUGCCAGUGUUAAUUUGGAUACCGGAGGGCCUAUGGCAGUUAAAGAGAUUAGAUUCCAAGAUAGACAGUCAAUUAAAACUGUGGUUCCUGCAAUCAAGGGUGAGAUGUCAGUUUUAGAGUUACUAUCGCACCCGAAUAUUGUUCAAUUUUUUGGUGUUGAAGUUCACCGUGAUCGUGUUUACAUAUUUAUGGAAUACUGUUCAGGAGGAUCACUCGCUUCAUUGCUAGAAUAUGGAAGAAUUGAGGAUGAAAUAGUGAUACAAUUAUAUACAUUACAAAUGCUAGAAGCUUUAGCAUAUUUACACCAAUUUGGUAUUGUCCAUAGGGAUGUUAAGCCAGACAAUAUUUUACUAGAUCACAUGGGAGUUAUCAAGUUUGUCGAUUUUGGUUCAGCAAAGGUGAUUGCAAUUCCUAGUACAGGGACAACACCGGCGACAACUGCUACAUCUGGAAGUACUAAUACCAAUGCAGAAGAGGUUGGUACUGCACCGCCUUCCAACACCAACAGUGCAAAUAAUACCAUUUCCGAGUAUAUGGGCUCGACAACGUCUACUAUGUCUAGUACCAUGUCGAUGCAGGACGGCAGUGACAAAUCGUAUAUUUCGUCACAAUUACACAUGACAUCGUCGUCGCAGUCCGAUUUGAAUGUAGCUAUGACGAACUCAUCGGCAGUGAUUGAAUCACUAAUGGAAUCUAAGAAGUCACAUGCAUUGACAGGCACACCAAUGUAUAUGUCCCCGGAGACUAUCAAAGGUGAGAAAACGGGAAGAUUUGGAGCGAUGGAUAUCUGGUCGUUAGGAUGCUGUAUCAUUGAGAUGGCGACAGGCCGCAGACCAUGGUCCAACUUGGACAACGAAUUUGCAGUUAUGUACCAUAUUGCAGCGGGCCAUUUACCGCAAUUCCCCAAUGCAAAUGAAUUGAGUGAACAGGGUCGUGAGUUUUUAGCCAAAUGUAUGGUUAUUGACCCUACUAAGCGUGCCAGUGCCGUGGAACUAUUGCAGGACCCUUGGAUUAUGAGUAUCAGAAACGAAGCAUUUUCGGAAGAAUGA